GAAAUCCAUCGCCAAAGCAUGUCGAUUCUACCCAUCAAUAUCAUAUAGAUGCCAAUUGAACUCGACGUUCUACGAGGAAUCCGAACUCUCGCUGUUGUCAUCGGAACUAGUGCAAUAUUACUAUUUAUCCUCAUCCUCAUCAUCAAUAUCAUCAAUAUCAUCACCAUGUUUCCCAAAAGAGUCAAUCCUGACAAGCGCAAAACGCGCCCUUGGGAUCCUACCGCCGCUGUUAGGAUAGAUGAUUUGCCAGAAGAAGGACAAGAGAUAGUCAAUCAAGGUAGACCCAAAAGAGUUAAGAGAUAUGAAACCAAUCAAGCCAAUGAGGGAUUCGUGCUAGAUUAUAAUCGUAAUCGUGAAACAGCACAAAAAUACAAGGGAAAGGGAAAAGCUUUUACUGGUGAUGAGGAGAUUGCGAGGAGGCAAUUGGAGCCUCUUUCUAGAUUGAGACCAACACCUCUUGCGUUGUGGUCAGACAAUCAGAAGCCGCCUCAGCACCCGCCACUAGGAGGCCCGUCAGGAGGUCCGCCAGGAGGUCCAUCGGGACCUCCAGGACCCCCAGGACCAGAUACUGGAAGAGGAAGAAUGGGGAGAGCAUUCAGACCUCCAAGAGGUCCAACAGGUUCUUCAGGACGAGGUACAGGAAGAGGGGUAACGCCCGCAGCGCCAGGAGCAGGCACAGGCAUAGGCACAGGAAGAGGAACAACAAGUGCAGCGCCAAGACCAGUCACAGGCACAAGAGGGGGAACAAAGCCUGCAGCACCAGGAGCAGGUACAGGAAGAGGAAUAAAACCUACAUCUGCGCCAUCCGGGCCUGGUACAGGCACAGGAAGAGGUACAAUACCUGCAGCGCCAGGACGGGGAACAAGCAUAGGAAGAGGUACAUCACCUGCAGCGCCAGGAUGGGGAAGAGGAACUACACCUGCACCACCAGGAUGGGGAAGAGGAACUACACCUGCAGCACCAGGUCCAGUUACAGGCACAGGAAGAGGAGAGAUGCUUCCGCCAUCAGGGCGGGGAAGAGGAACUACACCUGCACCACCAGGAUGGGGAAGAGGAACUACACCUGCAGUACCAGGACCAGUCACAGGCAUAGGAAGAGGAGAGAUGCUUCCGCCAUCAGGACGGGGAAGAGGAACAACACCUGCAGCGCCAGGAUGGGGAAGAGGAACUACACCUGCAGCACCAGGUCCAGUCACAGGCACAGGAAGAGGAGAGAUGCUUCCGCCAUCAGGACGGGGAAGAGGAACAACACCUGCAGCGCCAGGAUGGGGAAGAGGAACUACACCUGCAGCACCAGGUCCAGUCACAGGCACAGGAUUCACGUCGCCUCUGACUUCAGGUGUAACUUCCUCAGCAUCGACAAAACCAGACCCAAGCAAAAUAUUUCCGGCCUAUAGGCCCGCUAGUAUCGACUUUUCGUUACUAAAUACAAUGGGGAACACUGAAUGGGCAAUGGCAAUUGCCCGUCAAAGGCAACUCGAUGUUGAUAUCAAUGCUUAUGAGGUGGUGGCCACAUUACAUGUACUAAAUCUUCCUAUUAUCUUUGAGAAGUUUUCCAAUCAAUUCAUGAGGAAUCCGGAUUUUAAAGACUAUCGGUCUGGAGAUACUGGGUGUCCUCACUGGUUCCUAGAAAACCUCAGGAGGGCACAUCACGGCGAGCCAAUUUUACCUUAUGUAAGGCCCCCCCAAGAGGAAUUCGAUAGAGUCAAAAUAGAAAGGACUACCGAGAAAGGACGAGAGGCUAUAAUGGAAAGGGCCCGCGAAUCAAUGAAAAACGACGAGAAGCUCUGGCAAGGAUUACAACCGUCUGCAUCUAAUACAAGUUUGUCUAUCCCACCGGUUGUAACUACCUCAGUCCCGGUAGCACCUCUACCCAGCACUACAGCAUCGACUUCGGGCAUAGGAGCCAAAACUACUCUAGCUACAGAUAAUGCAAGUAUAGCAGCGGCACUCCAUGGCUCAUUUGGUCCAGCGCCUACAACAGCAGCUGCAAAUAUACCUGGAAACACUGCGAUAGGAAGAAAUCCAAUUCAAGAUCGACAAGCAGUUGCUGAUUAUAUCACAAGUUUGAAAACAGGGUUGAUCACAGGUUCAUUAGGUCAAGCGGGUGUUAAAAAUCCGACAACAGGAUUGAUCCCGGGUUCAUCGAGUCAACCAGAUCUUAAAAAUCCGACAACAGGAUUGAUCCCGAGUUCAUCGAGUCAACCAGAUGUCAAAACUACAACUGCACCGGCCGCCAUCAAUCCCUUCAUUGCCGCCCCUAGACCUUCUACGACAACUAAUCCAAUCGCAUCUAUUCCAGCGACCCCAACUACCCCAGGUUUGGGGCUAGUCGGAGCGACGGGAAAUAAAUUAGGAGAAUUAUUACAUGGUCUUAUCAGUCCCUUAAGUAAUACCAAUGCUGCUGCCGAGGUACAGAAAGCUUUCGGUCCACCAAAUGACCUCAUCGUUCUUCCCCCCACAGUCAAGCAAAAUAUUCCGUUUCACUACGUUUCAGAUUUACAUCUCGAGCAGACGAACUAUGACAAUUUUGACUUUAAGCCACGUGCUCCGUAUUUGAUCCUCGCCGGUGACAUAGGUAAUACUGAUCCAGCAAGUGAGACUAAAUAUCGGGGAUUUCUAGCUAGAAUGUGUGCCAAACCAGAACUCAAACGAAUUUUUCUCGUAGCAGGAAAUAGAGAUUUCUGGCCAUCCAAUAGGACUACAGUGAACGGGACAUUGAAAAUGCUUAGAGGCUUUACAAAACAUCCAGAUACAUUGGGAAAACUGGUGUUCAUGGAGAACGACGGCUUUGUCAUUCAGGAGAAUGGAGGCAAGGUUGUAAUACUGGGCUGUACGUUGUGGACUGAAAGGCGGGGAGCUGGAGGUCAUGAGCCUAGUGAUCAAAACAAUCUGCAAAGAACUGCGAGGCAUCACGCAUCUUGUGAAUGGAUCAGGAAUGAAACGAAAAGAAUUAGAGACGAUCCAAAGGAAGUUGAAACACGUAUACUUAUUAUAACGCACAUGCCACCUUCUAAGAGCGGAACUUCGCCUCCUGAGCAGACUUCAGAGAAGCUUCGUGACUUCAAUAGCGGACAAAGCCAUGGCACUGAUGUUAUUGAUGGCUGCAAGGGGCAUGGCUAUGAUCAUAGUUCAAUUACAACUACAAUGCCUCUCUUGGACUGGAGAGACGUUUGGAUUUGGGGCCACACACAUUGGAAUGAGCCGCGUUACGGGAAAACUAGGCAUGGCGGAAUGAGAUUCGAAUCUAACCAGAGGGGAAAUGCUCGUGGGAACCCCAAAAUUUAUACCCCAAAACCACCCGGUGGCUUCAAACCAGAAAAAAUUAUUCUGGUUUAAUUCCAGAAAGGAGUUUUCGUUCUAGAUACUGUAUUUUGCAAGAGCUUUAAGCAGUACUUUGUGUAUAAUGUUUUACA